AUGGGCUCGACUAGUUUCGGAAAUAAAUCAAAGUUAAACGGUUUUCGAGCAAAAAGUUCUAGCAUCGGCUCAGAAAAGGAAAUGAACGGGAAAUUGAAGCGGAAUAAAUUAAGGCGUCCUACAAGAAUGAACGACUAUGGCUUGAAGAGGAUCCCCGAUUAUACCGACUUGGCUUAUAAAGAAGCUGUGUCCAAGCUGAGAUAUUUUUUUUCGGGGAACAGUGCACCGAGUGUCCGCAGCUAUGGCGGUUCUGCGUCCAUCAAGAACCUUGACGAUUCAGACGCGGACAUCGACAAGAAGUACCCUUACAACCUCUCAGAGUACAAACCGCGGCCGCGCCUCACCGCAAAAUACACCACUUUGUAUGCGGACAGCUUAAAUAACUAUACACCACCGAUUCCCGCUAAUAAUGUUCCACCAGCUACCAACACAACUGACCUCACCGGCGGUACCAACCCGGAUGUCGUCAACUUCAUUCAGAAGCAAGAAGAAUAUAUUGAGCAGUUGGAAAGAGAGAGCCAAUACUGUAGAGAAGAACUUAACAACCUCCUGGGCAAAGUAAAGGAAGUUAUAUCUGAGAACGAACACCUCCACGAAGCUCAAAAGAACAAAAUGAUCACUCGCAUGUUUCACAACUACGCUGGGUCUGAGACGGAUGACUUAGAUGAUGUCGGGGAUAGUACUGGCCUGGAUAGUGACAAUAAGGGCACUCCAUCUAAGAAUCGUAGACCAAGAAGCCGCAUCACCAAACUGGAAGGUCCCAACAUUGUGUUUGAGUCGCGGAUUGCUGAAUUAGAAGCUCAGUUGACUCAAGCCAAGAUAGACCUUAAGAAGGUCCAGGAUGAAAAUAAUGAAAACAAACGAAAAUUGGCAAAUGGACUUGUUGACUCCACCUGUUUGGAUGGCUUUAAGAGGCAAAUCGAUAAUUUGCAAAGGGACAAAAAUGCUCUGGAGAAUCAGGUAUCAAAGCUAAAAUUGAGCCUGGAACAACGAGACAGUGACGUCGACGGUCGGUACAAGCGCGGCUCUGAAGCUAUCGAGAACCAGCUCAGAGAGGAGAGGAACAACUUGGAAGCAGAAAUACGACGUCUUAAAGACGAGCUAUCAAAUGAGCGCAGCAAGGUGCGCGCGAUGUCGAGCGAGACGUCGCGGCGUGCGCUGCACGAGCGCAGCGCGGCCGAGCAGCGCUACACGCAGCACUUCGACGAGCUGCGCCACGAGCUCGCCGCGCAGUGCGACAACGUCGCCAAGCUGCAGCUUGAUCUCGAACGUCAACGGCGAGAAGAGAGCGAACUCAAACGCGAAAUAUCCAUGAAGAACGCAGCAAUUGAAGAACUGAAAAUGGAACUCAAGAAUAAAACAGCGUCACUGCAAGCCGAUUUGGCUCAAGCUCAUGCUGAGAAAGCGUCUCUCGAAGAGGAAUUAGCGAGCGCUCGUCUUACGAUUGAGAGGAAUCAGAGACAGGCUAAACAUGAAUCGAAUCGCCUUAAUUCUGAAAUACAUUCUCUACGUCAGCGAUUGGAUAGGUCUGAUGCUGAUCUGGUUCAUUCUCGACGCGAAAAUCUCCGUCUAUCAGAGCAAAUAUCUAACUUGGAGAAGGAGAUCAAUAUGAAAACGCUAACUCCAAUAUCACCAGAGAAAAAUAAGAAGGAAAAAGAGAUAUCUUCUGCGCUUGAGUCCAUUGAAAAUAAACACGCUAAAACGGUGGCUGGGUUGGAGUCCAUGAUUCAUUCACAAAACAGUCUGAUGGAGAAACUCACCAACGAAUGUCGUUUGCUUACAGACAAGCUUGACGACGCAAACCGUAGACAUAAAAUCGAAAAAUCACAGUUGCUUUGCAGGAAUACUGAACUUAUGAGAAAACUCAGAAACCUGUGGUCUUCUCAUAAGAAGUAUUGCACUACCACCAUCGCACCAUUUCGAAGUUACACACCGCAAGAGCUGGGCACUCUGCAGCGUCAAGUAGAGAGCCUGGGGCGAACCAUGCAAACUGCGUAUUCGCACCCACCUAGCACACAAGCACCUACCACGCACUCUCCCACAGCCGUCAGAAUACCAGAUACCACUGCCACAACCAGACCAAACUAUACCAGAGAUGAGCCCACCAGAGACACCACAUUCGGAGAACCUACCAGAACAAAAAACAGCAGAGUUGAUGAUAAACCCCGAAAUAUAAACGACCUUCACAAUACGGCAGAUACUAAUAUACACAAAUCGUCACCAGAAAGUAAUAUAAAUACGAUAACACACGAAACUCCCAGAUCAAGGCAAAUAAGCAAACAAAAUUCUCGCGAAUCAGUUGAGCAUGAAAGAAAACUCUCUCAAAAUUCUUCAAAAGAAUCUUUCCAUGAAGAGAAUAUUAAUCAAGUAAACGACAAUGCAACUGUGAAUCACUCAAAUACAGAUAUUGUUCCUGAACAAAAUACAAUUCAAGAUCAACCAGAACAAAAAGAACAACAUCAACCACUGGAAGAAAAACAGGAAGAACAUUAUGAUGACCAAAAUUACGGUCAAGAAUAUCAUAAUUAUGAUCAAGGCUAUGAUCAAAAUCAACCCACGUCAGAAUAUCAACCACAAGAAUAUGAACAACAGCAAUAUUCAGAACAACAAUAUGAGAAUUAUGAACAAUAUCCCCAACAAUAUGCUGAUCCAAACGCUCAAUACGAAGGCCAGUACGAAAAUUACGCAACAGAUGGCAAUUAUACUGAACAAAAUUAUGAUAACACGCAAUACAAUCAAGAAUCCACUCCUCAAUAUGAAGAAAAUGUAUCGGAAAUACAACAAAACGUAGAAAUAAGCCAAAAGAGUGCGCCUAACGAGAAACUAGCAAGCCAAAGUUAGCAUUAGAUUGUGU